CAGAAAUCUUGAAGGAGCUUUCCCAAACUCUCUCCAAUGGCGGCUCUGGGGCAUCUGCCUGAAGAAGUGAUGAUCGAGAUUCUCUCCAGGCUUCCGCUGGAGUCUCUGCUUCGAUUCAAGACCGUUCGAAAAUCCUGGUAUGCUCUAAUCAACGACCCUAAUUUCGCAACCAAAUGUUUCUGCAAUUCUCUUCAUCAGCAGAAGCACAUUCUUCUCAAGCGUUUUGUUACGAAGAACUCUGGCAAUCAGCAAAAUGUCUUCUCCUUCCUCAAAUUUUCCCUUCCCUUCGAUGGAUCUGUGCUGGUUUACGAUCUCGAUUUGCCAUUCGAUGAGGAUUUUCGAUAUUUCGAAAUCCGUGGCCAUUCUCACGGUUUACUCUGCCUCACUGAUCUUCGUAAGGACAUUUUCCUUUGCAAUCCAGCCACCAGAGAGUUUCAAAAACUACCGCGGUCGAUUCUCCUCACUGAACCCCUGGAUGAGUUCAUCAGGAUCACUUCGUUCACGAAUGCAGUCGGAUUCGGGUACGAUUCGAAAUCUAGGGAUUUUAAAGUGGUUAGGGUUGUGGAUUUUGUGGAACUACCUUGCUAUUUUCACCCUUCUAGAGUGGAAGUUUAUGAUUUGAGUAAAGAUAAAUGGAGAGAAAUUCAGACCCCUGAUAGAUGGAGUGGAAUUCAGACCCCUAUUUGUGGCAAAGUAUUCGGGACGCCUUGCUUUGAGAUGUAUCACGAAGGAACAUAUUAUUGGUGGGCAAAUGCAAAGAUAGAAGGAAGGGCAGAAAUUAUACAGUCAUUUGACAUGAGCGAGGAGGUUUUCAGGCCAAUUCCGAUGCCAAAGAGUCUAAAGGGGAAGUGCGAAGCGUAUAGAAGUAUGGGGGUUUUGAAUGGAUCGAUUGUUCUAUUUCAUUAUCCAUGGAAUGGGAAUGGAAGAGAGUUCGACCUCUGGGGGAUGGAGAAUGAUGAAUCUGGUGGGGUUUCAUGGUCAAAACUGCUCACAAUUGGGCCCCUUUAUGGAAUUGAGAAGCCAUUGGUGUUUGUGGGUUCUCAUGAACUCUUGAUGGAAGCCAAUGGAGGGCAAGUGAUUUUGUACAAUACUCGAACCCAACAGUUCAGAAAGCUUCCUAUAAAAGGGCACGAAAGGUUUCAUGCUACUGUUUUUGUUGAAAGUUUGGUAUCUGUGAAAGGAGGAAAUAACCUGACAUAUGAAUUUUGAAUCCAUGCUUUUGCUUUUACACAUAAUCAUCUACAUUUGAAUCCAUGCUUUAGGUUUUGCACAGAAUCACUACUUCCUUGUACAUCUCUAGGGUGAUUGAUAGUAACUAUGGAUUUUAGAUAAGCAAUAUCAAUUUACACCCUCCUUUCUUUCUUCUUGACCAAUUGGAAAGACGGGUAGUCUCAUAUGCA